GGUGCGGUGGCUCACGCUUGUAAUCCCAUCGCUGUGGGAGGGAGGCCGAGGCAGGCGGAUCACUUGAGGUCAGGAAUUUGAGACCAGCCUGGCUAACAUGGUGAAACUCUGACUCUACCAAAAAUAAAAAUACAAAAAAUUAGCUGGGCCUGUUGGCACAUACUUGUAAUCCCAGCUACUUGGGAGGCUGAGGCAGGAGAAAUGCUUGAACCUGGGAAGUGGAAGUUGCAGUGAGCCGAGAUUGUGUCACUGCACUCCAGCCUGAGUGACAGCGAGACGCCGUCUCAAGAAGAGAAAAAAAAAAGAUUGUAGUGGAGCCGAAGAGUUCCUGUUGCCCAGGAUACCCUAAAAUUCCUGUUGCCCAGGACAUCCUAAAACUCUAGCAAUAGGCGUUAUGUGUCCUGCUCAGGUAAACAAACCUACUCUGCUAUCAGUUGUAUAAAAGUUUAGCACAUACAGUUAUGUGCAGUACCUAAUGCUUGAUAAUGAUAAUAAACUCCUAUGUUACUGGUGUAUGUCAUUACUCUUCUGUACUAUACUUUUUUACCUUUAUUGUAGAGUGUACUCGUACUUAUUUAAAAAAAAGUUAACUGUAAAACAGUCUCAGGCAGGCCCUUCAGGAGGCGUCUAGAAGACACUAUUACCAUAGGAGAUGACAGCUCCAUGCAUGUUAGUGCCUCUGAAGAUCUUCUAGGGGACAAGAAGUGGAGGUGGAAGACAAUGAUACGGGUGAUUCUGACUCUGUGUGGGCCUCGGUUAAUGUGUGUGUUUGUGUUUUAGUUAAUUUUUUUUUUUUUUGUAGAGAUGAGGUCUUCCUAUGUUGCCCAAGCCAGGCUGAAGUCAUCCUCCUGCCUUGGCCUCCCAAAGGGCUGGGAUUACAGGCGUGAGCCACAGUGCUUGGCCAGUGUGUCUUAGUUUUAUUUAUUUUUAUUUUUAUUUUUUGAGACGGAGUCUCACUCUGUUGCCCAGGCUGGAGUGCAGUGGCGUGAUCUUGGCUCACUGCAACCUCUGCCUCCUGGGUUGGAGCAAUUCUCCUGCCUCAGCUCCUGAGUAGCUGGGAUUACAGGUGUGCACCACCACGCCCAGCUAAUUUUUUUAUUUUUAGUAGAGGUGGGGUUUUGCCGUGUUGGCUAGGCUGGUCUUGAACUCCUGAUCUCAGGUGAUCCACUCACCUUGGCCUCCCAGAGUGUUGGGAUUACAGGCGUGAGCCACCGCGCCUGGCUAGUGUAUCUUAGUUUUUAACAAAAAAGUGUAAGAAGUUAAAAUUUUUUUUUUUGAGAUGGAGUUUUGCUCUUGUUCCCCAGGCUGGAGUGCAGUGGUGCAAUCUCGGCUCACUGCAACCUCCGCCUCCCAGCUUCAAGCGAUUUUCCUGCCUCAGCCUCCUGAGUAGCUGGGAUUACAGACACCUGCCACCACACCUGGCUAACUUUUCUGUAUUUUUAGUAGAGACAAGGUUUCACCAUGUUGGCCAGGCUGGUCUUAAACUCCUGACCUCAGGUGAUCCAUCCGCCUUGGCCUCCCAAAGUGCUGGGAUUACAGGCGGGAGUCACCGUGCCUGGCCUUAGAUGGUGUGGCCUAUGUGUACAGUGUUUAUAAAGCCUACAGUAGUGUAUAGUAAUGUCCUAGGCCUUCACAUUCAUUCACUACUCACUCACCCAGAGCAACUUCCAGUUCCAGCCCUGCAAGCUCCAUUCAUGGCAGUUCCGGCGAGGGGGGAGCCUCAGCAGGAUUGCUGUGUGAAAACCGAGCUGCUGGGAGAAGAGACACCUAUGGCUGCCGAUGAAGGCUCAGCAGAGAAACAGGCAGGAGAGGCCCACAUGGCUGCGGACGGUGAGACCAACGGGUCUUGUGAAAACAGCGAUGCCAGCAGUCAUGCAAAUGCUGCAAAGCACACUCAGGACAGCGCAAGGGUCAACCCCCACGACAGCACCAACACACUAACCCGGAUAGCGGAAAAUGGGGUUUCAGAAAGAGACUCAGAAGCGGGGAAGCAAAACCACGUCACUGCCGACGACUUUGUGCAGACUUCUGUCAUCGGCAGCAACGGAUACAUCUUAAAUAAGCCAGCCCUGCAGGCACAGCCCUUGAGGACUACCAGCACUCUGGCCUCUUCGCUGCCUGGCCAUGCUGCAAAAACCCUUCCUGGAGGGGCUGGCAAAGGCAGGACUCCAAGCGCUUUUCCCCAGACGCCAGCCGCCCCACCAGCCACCCUUGGGGAGGGGAGUGCUGACACAGAGGACAGGAAGCUCCCGGCCCCUGGUGCCGACGUCAAGGUCCACAGGGCACGCAAGACCAUGCCGAAGUCCGUCGUGGGCCUGCAUGCAGCCAGUAAAGAUCCCAGAGAAGUUCGAGAAGCUAGAGAUCAUAAGGAACCAAAAGAGGAGAUCAACAAAAACAUUUCUGACUUUGGACGACAGCAGCUUUUACCCCCCUUCCCAUCCCUUCAUCAGUCGCUACCUCAGAACCAAUGCUACAUGGCCACCACAAAAUCACAGACAGCUUGCUUGCCUUUUGUUUUAGCAGCUGCAGUAUCUCGGAAGAAAAAACGAAGAAUGGGAACCUAUAGCCUGGUUCCUAAGAAAAAGACCAAAGUAUUAAAACAGAGGACGGUCAUUGAGAUGUUUAAGAGCAUAACUCAUUCCACUGUGGGUUCCAAGGGGGAGAAGGACCUGGGCGCCAGCAGCCUGCACGUGAAUGGGGAGAGCCUGGAGCUGGACUCAGAUGAGGACGACUCAGAGGAGCUCGAGGAGGACGACGGCCAUGGCGCAGAGCAGGCGGCUGCGUUCCCCACAGAGGACAGCAGGACUUCCAAGGAGAGCAUGUCGGAGGCUGAUCGUGCCCAGAAGAUGGACGGGGAGUCCGAGGAGGAGCAGGAGUCCGUGGACACCGGGGAGGAGGAGGAAGGCGGUGACGAGUCUGACCUGAGUUCGGAAUCCAGCAUCAAGAAGAAAUUUCUCAAGAGGAAAGGAAAGACUGACAGUCCCUGGAUCAAGCCAGCCAGGAAAAGGAGGCGGAGAAGUAGAAAGAAGCCCAGCGGUGCACUCGGUUCUGAGUCACAUAAGUCAUCUUCAGGAAGCGCUGAGCAGACAGCACCAGGAGACAGCACAGGGUACAUGGAAGUUUCUCUGGACUCCCUGGAUCUCCGAGUCAAAGGAAUUCUGUCUUCACAAGCAGAAGGGUUGGCCAACGGUCCAGAUGUGCUGGAAACAGACGGCCUCCAGGAAGUGCCUCUCUGCAGCUGCCGGAUGGAAACACCGAAGAGCCGAGAGAUCACCACUCUGGCCAACAACCAGUGCAUGGCUACAGAGAGCGCGGACCAUGAAUUGGGCCGGUGCACAAACAGCGUGGUCAAGUAUGAGCUGAUGCGCCCCUCCAACAAGGCCCCGCUCCUCGUGCUGUGUGAAGACCACCGGGGCCGCAUGGUGAAGCACCAGUGCUGUCCUGGCUGUGGCUACUUCUGCACAGCGGGUAAUUUUAUGGAGUGUCAGCCCGAGAGCAGCAUCUCUCACCGUUUCCACAAAGACUGUGCCUCUCGAGUCAAUAAUGCCAGCUAUUGUCCCCACUGUGGGGAGGAGAGCUCCAAGGCCAAAGAGGUGACGAUAGCUAAAGCAGACACCACCUCGACCGUGACACCAGUCCCCGGGCAGGAGAAGGGCUCAGCCCUGGAGGGCAGGGCUGACACCACAACGGGCAGUGCUGCCGGGCCACCCCUCUCGGAGGACGACAAGCUGCAGGGUACAGCCUCCCACAUGCCCGAGGGCUUCGAUCCAACGGGACCUGCUGGGCUUGGGAGGCCAACCCCCGGCCUUUCCCAGGGACCAGGGAAGGAAACCUUGGAGAGCGCUCUCAUCGCCCUCGACUCGGAAAAACCCAAGAAGCUUCGCUUCCACCCAAAGCAGCUGUACUUCUCCGCCAGGCAAGGGGAGCUUCAGAAGGUGCUCCUCAUGCUGGUGGACGGAAUUGACCCCAACUUCAAAAUGGAGCACCAGAAUAAGCGCUCUCCACUGCACGCCGCGGCAGAGGCUGGACACGUGGACAUCUGCCACAUGCUGGUUCAGGCGGGCGCCAAUAUUGACACCUGCUCAGAAGACCAGAGGACCCCAUUGAUGGAAGCAGCCGAAAACAACCAUCUGGAAGCAGUGAAGUACCUCAUCAAGGCCGGGGCCCUGGUGGAUCCCAAGGACGCAGAGGGCUCUACGUGUUUGCACCUGGCUGCCAAGAAAGGCCACUACGAAGUGGUCCAGUACCUGCUUUCAAAUGGACAGAUGGAUGUCAACUGUCAGGACGACGGAGGCUGGACGCCCAUGAUCUGGGCCACGGAGUACAAGCACGUGGACCUUGUGAAGCUGCUGCUGUCCAAGGGCUCUGACAUCAAUAUCCGGGACAACGAUGACGGCACCAUGGAGAGAGGAGCCCUGAGCCGGCAGAAGGAAGAGAAGAGGGAAGCAGAGGCAGAGGAGCCCUGAGCUGGCGGAAGGCUAUGGCGGGUACCUUGGAGGAAGAGAGGAGGGAAGCAAAGGCAGAGGCCACUGCCAGGUGGGGCCGCCUCACCCACCGCCCCCGGAGACUGCGUGGCGGGGAAGGCAGCCCUAGUGUGGCUGGUUGGCCUGCGUGCCUGGGCAGCUUGCCGCCUGUCCAGGUGUCAGAGCUGUUAGCUCUCUGAUGCUGGUGGCUGUUCCCCCGGAAUGGAAGCAUUCAUUAAAUUUCAAGUUUGUUAUUUAUACAAUGAAACACUUCAUUAAUUUGACCACUUUAUUGCUGUAUAAUAGGUAGGCUGCAUAUAUUGAAAGUACACACUUGGGUGCAUUUUCACCGAGAAGCCAUCGUUGCUGUCGGAAGAGUGAGCCCGGUCCUCCCUCAUGCCCUGAUGAUCUUCAGGUGAUCCUCCGCACUUCACAGCCGCGCCCAGCCCACCCCUGCCACCCAUCGCUGGGCUUUCUGUUGUCUGCAUGUCUCGGUUUUAUAGAAAAGGGCUCUCACCAUGAGCGGCUUUCCCUCACGUCUUUAAGCCGAGAUCCUCAUUUUCAUUGCCUGAGUGCCCAUUGUGUGAAUGUGUCCGUUUACCCUUCACCUGUUAGUGGACAUUUAGGUUGUUUCUGAUUUUUGGUGGUUACUAAGAGAGAUGCUGUGAAUACUCAUGCCUUCAUUUUUCUUGAUUAAACCCUUGGGAGUAGAAUGGUUAGAACACAUGACAGGUGUCUAGGCUUAACAUUUUCAGAGACUGCCAGUAGCUGGGCAUGGUGACACACACCUGUGGUCCCAGAUACUUGGGAGGCUAAGGUGAGAGGAUCGCUUGAGCCCAGGAGGUCAAGGCUGCAGUAAGCUGAGAUCGCACCACUGCACCCCAGUCUGUCUCAAAAGUUAAAAAAAAAAAAAUCUGCCAAACUGCUUUCCAAGUGAUUGUACCAUCUCUAGUGUAUGAGAGUGCAUUCAUCCGUUCUCACACUGCUAUCAGGGUUCUACCUAAGACUGUGUAAUUUAUAAACAAAAGAGGUUUAAUUGACUCACAGUUCAGCAUGGCUGGGGGGUCCUCAGGAAACUUAACAAUCAUGGCAGAAGGUGAAGGAGAAGCAAAGCACGUCUUACAUGGUGGCAGGAGAGAGAGAUUGAGGAGCGUUUUACCACACUUUGAAACCAGCUCUUGUGAGAACUCACUCACAUGAGAACAGCAUGGGGGACCCACCCCCAUAAUCCAAUCAGGUCCCUCCCUUGACACAUGGGGAUUACAAUUCAAGACAAGAUUUGGGUGGGGACACAGAGCCAACCCAUAUCAGACAGUCCUGGUUCCUCUGCAUCCUUCCUAACACUUAGCAUGGUCAGUCUUUAAAUUUUAUCCAUUUUAGUAGGUGUGUAGUGGUAUCUUGUUGUGGUUUUAGUUUUUAGUUCAUUUCAUUUUCAUUCCUCUAAUGACAGUUGAUGUUAAGCAUCUUUUUAUGGGCUUAUUUAUGAUCCAUAUAUCUUUUUUAAUGAAGUGUCUGUUCAAAUAUUUUUCUUGCUUAUUAUUGGGUAUUCUGGAGUUUUAAGCGUUUAUGUUCUGGAUAUAAGUCCUUUAUCAGAUAUACGGUUUACAGAUCUGUCUUUGGAAGUGCAGAAUUUUAAAAGUUUUUAUAAAGUUUGGUUUAUCAACGUUUUUAUUUUUAACUGGAUCCUGUUUUUGGCGUUCUGUUUAAGAAAUCACUGCCUAAUCUGAGAACCCAAAGAUAUUCUCCCACAUUUUCUUAUAUGAGUUUUAUGGUUUGGGGGUUUACAUUUAGGUCUGUUUUUUAUUAUAGUUGACUUUUGUAUAUGGUGUGAGGUAUGGAUUGAACUUUUUUUUUUUGCUUAUGGAUGCCUAGUUCAGUGCCAUUUGUUGAGAAAACCAUUCUUUCUACAUUGAAUUGACUCUGUACCAUUGCCAAAAGCCAGUUGUCUGCAUGUGUGAGUCAGUUACCCAUGUGUUAUUCUACAUGUGUCAGUCAUUUGCGUGUCUGUCAGUCAUCCAUGUAUGAGUCAGUCGUCCAUGUGUGAGUCAGUCAUCUGCAUGUCUGUCAGUCAUCCACAUGUGUCAGUCCACAUGUCUGUCAGUCGUCCACAUGUGAGUCAGUCUGCAUGUGUGAGUCAGUCAUCUGCAUGUGAGUCUGUCAUCCGCAUGUGUGAGUCCAUCAUCUGUAUGUGUCAUUUGUCCAUGUGUGAGUCAUCCACAUGUGAGUCAGUCAUCUGCAUGUCUGUCAGUCAUCCACGUGUGUCAGUCCACAUGUGUGUCAGUUGUCUACAUGUGAGGGUCAGUCAUCUGCAUGUAUGAGUCAGUCAUCUGCAUGUGUGUGAGUCUGUCGUCCACAUGUAUGAGUUGGUCAUCCAUGUCAGUUGUCCGCAUAUGUAUCAGUCAUCUGCAUGUGUGAGCCAGUCAUCCGCAUGUGUGAGCCAGUCGUCCACAUGUCAGAGUCAGUUGUCCACAUGUGUGUAAAGUCAGUUGUCCACGUGUGUGUCAGCUCCAGGACCCUCUCUUUUGAUGCAUUGAUCUGCAUAUCUGCCUUUAGGCAAGUACUGUCCUUGUUUGACUGAUGUAGCUUUACAGUAGGUCUUGCAAAAUCAUUUUUCUCCUCCCAAACUUGAUACUGCUAUUCUCCUAUAUUUUACAUAUAUAUAUGUUCUGAACACCAUAAUAGCCAUAUGGUUAUUCUGUUUAAACAGUCAGUCUUUUUUUUUUUUUUUAGAUGGAGUCUUGCUCCGUCGCCCAGGCUGGAAUGCAGGGACAUGAUCUUGGCUCACUGUAACCUCCGCCUCCUGGGUUCGAGCUAUUCUUAUGCCUCAGCCUCCUGAGUAGCUGGGAUUACAGGCACGAGCCACCACGCCUGGCUAAUUUUUGUAUUUUUAGUAGAGACGGGGUUUCACCAUCUUGGUCAGGCUGGUCUCGAAUUACUGACCUCGUGAUCCACUCACCUUGGCCUCCCAUAGUGCCGGGAUUACAGGUGUGAGCCACUGCGCCCGGCCUGGUUUUUUUUUUUUUUUUUUUUUUUUUUGGGAGACGGAGUCUCACCCUGUCACCCAGGCUGGAGUGCAGUGGUGCGAUAGCUCACUGCAACCUCCACCUCCCUGGUUCAAGCGAUUCUCCUGCCUCAGCCUCCCAAGUAGCUGGGAUUACAGGCACAUGGCACCACGCCUGGCUAAUUUUUGUAUUUUUAUUAGGGAUGGGGGUUUCACCAUGUUGGCUAGGCUGGUUUCAAACUCCCAACCUCAGGUGAUCUGCCUGCUUUGGCCUCCCACAGUACUGGGAUUGCAGACAUGAGCCACCACGCCCAGCUGAGUGGUCUCUUCGAAAGACUGCAGAAGAGCUCUGCAGUUGCUCCUGCUGUCCCCAUCCCUGUCCCCGCCAAGCUUCUCCACCUUAGUGGGCUCAUGCUCCUGAUGUUGCUUCCCUUCUGCUGGCCUCACUCCCUUUGCCUUUUCUGUGGUGUUGGUCUGCUUGUGAUGAGCUCUUGCAGCUUUUUUUUUUUUGAAAUGGAGUUUUGCUCUUUCGCCCAGGCUGGAGUGCAGUGGUGCGAUCUUGGCUCACUGCAAACGCCUUCUUCCGGGUUUCAGGCGAUUCUCCUGCCACAGCCUCCUGAGUACCUGGGAUUAUAGGCACUGGCCGCCACGCCCAGGAAAUUUUUGUGUUUUUAGUAGAGAUGGGUUUCACCAUUUUGGCCAGGCUGGUCUCGAAUUCCUGACCUCGUGAUCCGCCCGCCUCGGACUCCCAAAGUGCUGGGAUUACAGGCGUAAGCCACUGUGCCCGGCCCUCUUACAGCUCUUUAAUGCCUGGAAAGUCCUUAUUUUGCUUUCAUUUUUGAAAGAUGUUCUUAGAAUUCUGGAUGCGUAGUUAUUUCUUCCAGUGCUUUAAAUGGCGGUUUCCCUGGGUCCUCACCUGCAGUGUUUGCAGUGAGAAAUCCAGCACCACCGCACAGUUAUUUCUCUGUGUAUAAUGUGUCUUUUUUAUAUGGCUGCUUUUAAAAUGUUUUUUCUGUAUCUCUUGGUUUUAGCAAUUGGAUUUUCCUCUAAGCCUUAGUUUGUCUGCAAAGCAAUUUGAUUACUGAUGUGCCUUGGUGUUACUUUGUGUGUGUGCACUUAGGGUUCAUUGAGCUUCUUGGAUCUGUGGAUUUAGGGUUUUUGACAAAUUUGGAAAUUUUUCAGUCAUUAUUUCUUCAGAUAAGGUUUUCUGCCCACCACGCUUUCCAGUAUUCCAGGAAUAUUGUGUAUGUAGGAGUUCUCAGAGGCUCCACAGCUCACUGGUGCUCUUUUCAAUUUUUAAAUUAUUAUUUUUUCCCUCUGUGUUUCAGUUGAGCAGGUUUUUGUUGGUUUGUCUUCCAGUCCACUCAUCUUUUCUUCUGCACGUGAUGCUGUUGAGCUCAUCCGGUCUGUGUGCUUACAUUCUAGGCAUUGUCGUUUUCAGCUCUAAAAGUUCUGUUGGAGUCUUUCAAACAUUUCCUAACAUGUUUCUACUUAACUUUCGAACCUAUAGAAUACAGUUAUACCAAUGGCUUUAUUUAUUUAUUUAUUUAUUUAUUUAUUUAUUUAUUUUAAGACAGAGUUUCACUCUUUUGCCCAGGCUGGAGUGCAGUGGCGCAAUCUCGGCCCACUGUAACCUCCACCUCCCAGGUUCAAGCAAUUCUCCUGCCUCAGCCUCCCGAGUAGCUGGGAUUACAGGGGCGCACCACCACGCCUGGCUAAGUUUUGUAUUUUUAGUAGAGGCGGGGUUUCACCACGUUGCCCAGGCUGGUCUCGAACUCCUGACCUCAAAUGAUCCCCCCGCCAAGGCCUCCCAAAGUGCUAGGAUUACAAGUGUGAGCCACUGCACCCAGCCCACCAAUGGCUUUAAUGACCUUGUUUGCUAAUCCAGCAUCUGUGUCAAAGCUGGGCUUUUUGAUUGACUGGGUUUUUCUCCCUAUUGUGGGUCAUGUUUCCUGCUCCUUUGCACGUCUGGUAACCUGUAGCCGAUGCCAGGAUGUGGGUGGGUUUUACAAAACUUGUAUGGUGCUAAGGACUCUUCUUCCUGUGAAUGUUCUUGAACUUUGUUCUGGAACUCAGCUAAGUCACUUGAAACCAGUCAGAUCAUGUUGGAUUUUGCUUUUCAGGUUUGUUAGGUGGGUCUGGAGCCACUGAGGCAGGUCCGUCCACUGUCCUCCAGCCCACAGCCUAUGGAUGGAGAGUGUGGCCUGCCUGGCUGUGGGGAAAGGCCCCGGCUUUGAGUGCAGGUUCUCAACAGGCUCGUGGCCGCUGGUGUCCUGCCGGGUGCCCCAGAUGGAAGUACACCGAUCUCUGGAACCUCUCUUGGAGCUCUGUUUUCUGUCUGAGCAUCCGGGGGCCCUGCCUGGCUACCCCCUGCACCAUGGUUGGAGCUCUGGUGGCAGUUAGCUGGGCAGCCGCGGGCUCCCUCACAGACCCGCCUCUCAGGGGCAUGGUCCUUCCCUGCCUGGUGUCUGGUGUCUUGAUAGCCAUGGUCAUAGGUUUUGACUGUUGUGUUUUACUCUUCUGGUUCUUUUAGGUGGGAAGGUAAACCUGUUCUGGUCUGUAUCACCCCAUCGUUUCAGGAGUGCGGUUGCUCACCAGGUGUAGGCCAGGCUUGUCAUAACUCAGCCAGCUUCAGAAAGGCUGGGCGUUUGAACAGUCCCAGGGUGGAAGGAUCUUAGGUGAACUGGAAGCUCUCAAAAAUGUAAUUCUGGGGUGGGGCGUGGUGGCGGAUCACUUGAGGUCAGGAGUUUGAGACCAGCCUGGGCAACAUGGUGAAACCCCGACUCUACUAAAAAUACAAAAUGAUUAGCUGGGCCUGGUAGCAUAAGCCUGUUAUCCCAGCUACUGGGGAGGCUAAGGCACGAGAAUCGCUUGAACCUCAGAGGCAGAGGUUGCAGUGAACCGAGAUUGUGCCAGCUGCAUUCCAGCCUGGGUGAUGGAGUGAGACUCCGCCUCUAAAAAAAAAUAAAAAUGUAAUUCUGGUUAUAAAAUCAUAAAUCAUUCUGAUAAAGGAAAAAGAAAAGAGGCCCCUAAGCAAGCAACCUUUUGUUCAAGGAGCUCUCAAAUGUGUGGAGGAGGGAAGCCAGAAACAAAGAGCAGAGGGGUGGUAGAGCCCCAGAGCAGCAGAGGCUCUUCAGGAAAUCCACUGAGGCCGACACACGGAGUUCGCUUUUAGUUUUCUCUUUUAGAAGUCAAGGAAACAGUGAAGCCCAUGCCCAGGGCUGGCCGUUUGUGGAUGAAGAUAUCAGAGACCAGGCUACUCGGUUUCUGUUCUGCUUUUUUCUUCCCCUUCACUGAGCUGGAAAGGUUGACGGUGCCGCACGGUGUGGAGUUGGGAGGAGGGCUGCGUGAGAGGUCAAGGGUGUCUCAGAAGAGCCAGCGUCCUCUCUUGGGGGUGACCCUGCCGACCUGCAGAGCCAGUCCCUGGGAUGUGGCGGCGGCCCUGUGCCCUCAGAGGGAGGCGGGGCAGAGCUCAAAUGGAAGCAGAGCCUGCGGGGUGGAGACCGCACCCCUGCAGGGGUCUCUGCCUUGGGCCCCGAGCCUCCUCAGCCCCCACAGCAAAGCGGACAGUCAGGCGGGGCUUGGUUUAUGGCGUCUGGGAAGAUCGCGGACGAUUCCCGAGGGGAAGGAGGCUGCAGCCGGCGCUCCCAGACACCAGCGGAGCAGAACACAACUUCAGGAACGUGAAACGCUCAACGUGCUUUAAUCCAGCAAUCCUGUCUCUGAGGAUGCAUCCUUGAGAAAUAAUGUAGAAAAUGAAAAGCACUAAAAUAUUUGCUGGCAUUGUAUUCCAGAAAUAUACCAACAGAAAUAAACCAAGUGUUCAGUAAAGGUCCGGAAGCUGAGUGACUGUGGGUGAUCGGUCCGGAGGCGGUUCCGAUGCCGCCCCGCGUGGACCUUCGGUGAUCGGUCUGGAGGCGGUUCCGAUGCUGCCCCGCGUGGACUGUGGGUUAUCAGUCCGGAGGCGGUUCCGAUGCCGCCCCGCGUGGACCGUGGUUGAUGGGUCCGGAGGUGGUUCCGAUGCCGCCCCACGUGGACCGUUGGUGAUUGGUCCGGAGGUGGUUCCGAUGCCGCCCCGCGUGGACCGUCGGUGAUUGGUCCGGAGGGGGUUCCGAUGCCGCCCCGUGUGGACCGUGGUUGAUGGGUCCGGAGGUGGUUCCGAUGACGCCCCAUGUGGACCGUGGUUGAUGGGUCCGGAGGUGGUUCCGAUGCUGCCCCGCGUGGACCGUCGGUGAUCGGUCUGGAGGUGGUUCGGAUGCCGCCCCGUGUGGACCGUCGGUGAUUGGUCCGGAGGCGGUUCCGAUGCCGCCCCGCGUGGACCGUCGGUGAUUGGUCCGGAGGUGGUUCGGAUGCCGCCCCGUGUGGACCGUCGGUGAUUGGUCCGGAGGCGGUUCCGAUGCCGCCCCGCGUGGACCGUCGGUGAUUGGUCCGGAGGCGGUUCCGAUGCCGCCCCGCGUGGACUGUCAGUGAUUGGUCCGGAGGUGGUUCCGAUGCCGCCCCGUGUGGACCGUGGUUGAUGGGUCCGGAGGUGGUUCCGAUGCCGCCCCGCGUGGACCGUUGGUGAUCGGUCCGGAGGUGGUUCCGAUGCCGCCCCAUGUGGACCGUUGGUGAUUGGUCCGGAGGCGGUUCCGAUGCCGCCCCGUGUGGACCGUGGUUGAUGGGUCCAGAGGUGGUUCCGAUGCCGCCCCGCGUGGACCGUUGGUGAUCGGUCUGGAGGUGGUUCCGAUGCCGCCCCAUGUGGACCGUCGGUGAUUGGUCCGGAGGCGGUUCCGAUGCCGCCUCACGUGGACCGUUGGUGAUUGGUCCGGAGGCGGUUCCGAUGCCGCCUCACGUGGACCGUUGGUGAUUGGUCCGGAGGCGGUUCCGAUGCCGCCUCACGUGGACCGUCGGUGAUUGGUCCGGAGGCGGUUCCGAUGCCGCCUCACGUGGACCGUUGGUGAUUGGUCCGGAGGCGGUUCUGAUGCCGCCCUGCGUGGACCGUCGGUGAUCGGUCUGGAGGCGGUUCCGAUGCCGCCCCACGUGGACUGUCGGUGAUCGGUCUGGAGGCGGUUCCGAUGCCGCCUCACGUGAAAGGCGCUCCUCGCACGGCGCCAACUGGAGGAGGCCUCAGCACCUGGGAGCCUCUGCUGAUGACGGAGGGUCAGGGACAGACGGGUGUCAGGCGUAGGAAACAGCGCGGGCGUGUUCCUCAUUCCAUUUAUCGCUGUUUUAUCCCUGGGGCGAUAGAGUUAGGGAUACUUCAUUGUUCUGAUUUAUAUUCUUGGCUGCCUGGCAGAGUUGAACAUUUUCUUAUGUUUAUCGUUCAUCUUUUUCUUACCUACGUUUUUUAUUUUCUUCUUUGCACAUGUUUUUUCAGAAUUACAGUGUUCUAAUUUACUGCGUGAUUAUAAAUCAUCUAUAUUUUACAUGUGGUACAAGUAUUUCUCCAAAUUUUAUUUGUUUUAUUUAAAAGAGGCCUUUUUAAAAGUAAAAUUUUUUGGGUUUUUUUGA